GCCACUCCGAUCAAUCGUAUUCGCUCGACUUUGCGCGGGUAGAUUCGCCACUCGCUGUAGUUGCGACCAAUCAGGACUGAGCGUCGUGUCUCCGCUGCGUGUUUUCGGUAUUUGUCGUGCAAAUGGCGGUUGUCGCGGUGUUUUGUCCGAUUUGUCUUUGGCAUUAACUACGCCACACUGUUAGCACAAACGUUUAACGAGUGGGAACGUACGACAGAGCAGGUCGGUGCCGCGAUCGCGGAUCGCCCAUAAAUAUGGUGAAGCUACUGAAGAGGUUCGUCGCCGGUGACAAGGUGUUUGCGAAAGUUCGAGGUUACCCGCCAUGGCCAGCGAAGAUCGAAAAAGUCAAUGAUCCUAAUUCCAAAAAUGCUAAAUACAGCGUUUACUUUUAUGGUACAGGAGAAACAGCUGUUUGCAAAGUUGACGAGUUGUAUACCUAUGCUGAAAAUAAGGAAAAAUAUGGUAAACCAAAUCGGCGAAAAUUCUUUCAUGAAGGUAUACAGCAACUUGAACAAGAACUUAAAAAUGAUAGAAAUAAACCUCUGGCAGAUAUUGCUGCUAUUAAAGAAGCUGAAGCAGCAGAAUUGCCAACAGUCAGUGCAACAGAUAGCGAUAUGGAAACUGGUUCUUUAAUAAUUGAUGAAGGAGAAAAAAAGAAACCCGUAAAAAGGAAAGCUCUUAUAUCCACUGCUAAUACUCCACAAGAUACUCCUGAGGUGAAGAAAAAACGUGGUAGAGGAAAAGCUUCUAAUGAUGCAUCAAAACAAGAAGCUGCUUUAGAUUCGCAGGGCGAAGAAUCGCCCAAAGAGGUGGUUAGCCGCAGUGGGCGCAAGAUUAAACCAAAACGUUUCGCAGAUUUUUCAAGUUCGGACGAGACUGAAACCAAUACAGAACAUUCUGGUCGAGGUCGUAAAGCAAAAAAUGAAGAUUCUAAUGAGCAUCAAAUAAAUGUGACACCAAAUGUGACGCAUAAAAAAAGAGCUGCUAUUGAAAAAAGAAAUAAUGAAGGAUCGAUACUUGAUGGAACUGUAGUAUCGAGUAGUACAUCUUCUGAUACAUCAAAUCGAGUUCUUUUAGUUCAUACAUUUGCUGGAGAAUAUGUAGGCAUUAAGCUUGACACAGACAGGCCAAAGUCAUUUGAAAAUGAACAAGCUCGGACACAAUGGGAGUGGUCCACUGCUAGGAAUGCUAUGAAACUCAAGCUACAAUUAGAGUCCGGUGAAAUUUUGCCGGAACAAGUAAAAGAUUCUCUAGAUUUUAAUGUACCCGUCCCAGAAGAUGAAAAACGACUUUUGACAAAAGAUGGAGCUGUUCAUCGCAAAACAUAUAAAUUGAGAUGGCUUCGUAUAGAGGCUCAACUUUUACAAUUAGAUGCUCAAAUAAAAUCUAAUCUUGGACUGGAUCGAGCCAAUACAGAUCAGUGUUUACGAGCGAUGGAUGACAUCUUGGCUCUUUCAAUUGAUCCUUUAAUGCUGAAGAAACAUCCUCAUAUUGUUGAAACAGUGAAAAGGCUGCGACGAUAUAUUGGAAAUUUAGGAGCGUGGAAAUUAAGUGAAGAAGAAGGGACUAUUUUUAAACAAAAAGCAGAGCAGAUUAGACAAAAAGCUGAGCAUAUAUAUAACAAGUAUAAGGCUAUGUUUACUAUACCUGAGGGUCAAUCAUUUUGGCAAUCAUUUUCCGAUCAAGUGGUCCAUUUCAAAAAAUUAACAAAAGAUAUGCCUGAGGAGAAGGUGUUCUCAUUGAUGUCUGAUCCUACUUGUUCAGAUACAAGUAUGUCAGAGGACUUGCAUGCAGACGAUAGUGGCAAUCAACUGGAUACGAAUAUAGUGACUGAAGCAGAGCCAACAGUGGAAUCAGGAGAAAAAGCACAAUGCGAAGAAAAAUCAGAGACGGAACCUCAGCUGGAACCAAAAGCAAAUACAGAAGCUGAAUUAAAAGCACAAGCACAGACAGAUGCAGAACCAAUUGCUGAAAGAAAAGUAGAAGCAGAAGUGCCUACUAGAAGCGAGAGUCCUAAAGAUGAAGCAGCCAAGUAACAUAUGUAAACUUUUUUAUCUGAUAAUGUAAACUUUUGCUUAUUUCCUUGUAUAUCAUUAUGCUACUAAAAAAAGAGCAUAUUUUAGUUGAAGUACAUCGGGCGCAUUCAUAAAAUAUUAUAACUAAUAUUAUAACAAAUAUGAUUUUUUGAUUCUUUUUCUGUAUUUCAUAUGUAGCAAAUUAAUGUUUAGUAUCACAUUUUAAAAGAUGAUCUCUAUUAAUAAUUACGAGGAAUAUGAUAGAAAUUGGAAAAAUUUAAUUUAUUUUAUGAAAUGUAACUAGUAUGCUAUUCUUUAUUACAACUCAUGUUACCUACAGCAAUGCUGUCUAAGAUUUGUAGUUUUGGGUUUAAAAUUAAAAUGUAUUGAUGCCUAUUGCUAUUUUUACUUCUCAUUUUAUAGUUAUUUUUUCGUAGCGCGCAGUCUCAGAAACAAGACUAAGAUUAUUAAAAAUGUUGAGGUGUGUCAUUCAUAAUCUCCGAUGAAUAAUGCCGAAAAUUAUCAAGUUAGAUAUAAGUAAUACUAUUAGAUCCAGUUGACACUACAAAUGCUUUGAAGCGUUUGAUUGACCAAUUGGGGUGAAAAAUUUUACCAAUUGACCAAUCAAAGAAUGUUCUGAAGCGUUUGUAGCAUCAAAUGGACCAUAGCCUUAAUUAUAUGUAUUCUGUUAUAUAUUGUAAUUAUGAUAAAUUUAUAUACACAUGUACAAAUUAUAUAUGUAUAUUUUUAAAUCAAACGUAUAAUAUUAUACUUUUAAUACAUAUAUUUAUGUGUUUUUUAUAAGUACAUAUACUAAGAAUAAUAUUUUAUAUAAUAUUAAUAAUAAUAUAUAUUUUUAAACAAUGAAUAAUGUGCAUCAAAAACUGUUAAUAAUCUCAAUCUAGUCUCUGAAAACAAGCGCAUUAGAGAAAAUAACUGAAAUCAGGAAUAGAAACAGCAAUAGGAAUGAACACCAAUACAUUUUAAUUUUAAACUCAACUACAAAUUUUGGGUAUGUAUUCUGUACACGUUUUUUAUUUUGAAUGAUAGUUGUCGAGUAUGCACAGAUAUUUUACAUGGCAAAAAAGCUGUGUAACGACACCGACAACUAUCGUUAAGAACAAAAAGUGUGUUACAGUUACAUAGGGACAGCUGGAUCCUAAUUUAUAGUAUAAGCUUAUGCAAUGCUUAUAUGUACAAUUAUGUAAUAAGCGUUAUUGGAAUUUUACUAAAUAAUUAAAUUAAUUAUCUAUUUCAUUAGAUAUCCAUGAAUUUAUUAAGUACAUUUAUUUUUUUAUAUUUACAUUACGUAAUGAAAAUGUAAAACAAAAAUUAACUUUUACACAUAUAAGCAAUGCAAAUAACUAUUGUUACAACAUAACGCUGGUAAUCAUGUUACCAAUUCAAGAAGUAAAAGAAUUGUAAAAAUAUUUUAACAUAAUUCUGUGAAUGCGAUCGAUAUUACUUUUACGCACGUGGAAAAAUUAAGUUUCUCUUUUGUGUGAAUAAGUUCUGUUAUAUUCUAUUUCGUGAAUUUGUAAGCAAAGAUACAUAUUGUAUGAUCGCCAUACACUCAUAUACUUGAUGCAAUAUCUGCAAUCACCAACUGGACAAUAUCGGGCAAAUAUUCACUGUCAGAUAUUAUCGAAUAAAAAUGGCUGAUGUAGUGGAUAUUAGAUGAAACACAGUAUUUUUACCUGACAGUAAUGCAAUGCUGUCAUGUGUCAAAAUACUAAUCUUGAUAUAUUCAGCCAGUGCCAUGGAGGAAAUUUGUAAAGAGCACAUAACACUGUUACUGUCACGCAAAACUUACUUAUUUAGUUAAUUAUAAUUGAUGUUAGUAAAAUAAAUACCAUAUUUCAUAAGAAUUAUAGCGCAAUGAAUCGUAUAAGAUAUAAUUCUUGGCACUUACAACUCGUUUUUAACGCAGGUUUUCCAUCUUUGUCGUCUUUUAGUUUUCUUUAUUAAAUGAAAAGACAUUACUCAUAUUUAUCGCAUUCUAAAGAUAAAAAUAUAUAUGAUUAUUGUAUGCCAAUAUUUCUUUAAAAAUAUUUAUGAAACGACAAAUAUAAUUGUUCGUAAAAUAUUAUUGUCAAUCUUCUAUUUCAUAUAAUUUAAUUAUUGUCUUUAUUAAAAUCAUUACUAUUACAAUAAAAUUACGAAGUACUUGUGAAACGGUAUCGAAAUUGUACAAAUUAGAUAAGUUAAUAAACAAUUUUCGGACAUUAUCACAUCUAUUAUGGGCGACAUGGCAAUUACUAUAAACAUUUAACGAUUGGUAAGUAUUAAACCUUGUUUUGUAAUCCAUAGUUACAUAUCCAAUAUAUUUGAGAAAAUAUCAGAAGUUAUUGACGAUGUAAUUUUUGUAUCGAAAUGUUCUUGUCAAAAAUUAAAAUAAACUAUUAUAGUAGAGGCA